AUGGAUCCACCGCUAUCAUCACUACAGGAUAAGACAAGGAGUGAACACAUGGCCAUAGAUCUCAGUACUGUCAUUAUCGAUACUGCCACUGAUAAUCUUGGCUUUUUCGAUUCCGCUAGACAUGAUAAUCAGGAAAGAGAUUAUAACAUUUCGGGGAUGAUAUCGACAAAUGUUGGAAGUUCUGAUGAAAAACAUUAUCAGAGAGUUAUGCAAGGUGGAUAUAUAAGUCGUUUUCUUGAAAAUCGAGGACUUGGUUGGCUUCUAAACAUUGACGAUGAUACGGUUGAUGUUCAAAGGCCUUUGUUGGAAGAAUUAGAUAUUGAUUUGGCGGAUAUUUAUUAUAAAGUGCGCUGUGUAUUAUUUCCUUUGCCUUACUUUCGGCUGAAAUUAUAUAUUGUUCGAGAAUCGCCUGAUUUCUGGGGACCACUGUUUAUUGUUUCAACCUAUGCUUUGUUAUCAUUAUAUGGACAACUAAGUUUUCAGGUACUUUCAUGGAUUUUAACAAUUUGGUUUAUUGGAUCAUUUUUUGUAUUUUUCCUUGCACGAGCUCUUGGAGGAGAAGUCGGCUAUGGCCAGGUGCUUGGUAUUGUCGGUUAUUGCCUUAUACCUCUAGUCGUUGUAGGCUUAAUUAUUUCAGUUUUAUCAAGGUUCCAAUUAUUUUCUAUACUAAUUGGUUGUUUCGGUGUUUUAUGGUCUGUGUAUAGUGCCGGUACACUUCUCUGUGUUGAGGAACUACGUGAAAAACGCACCUUAUUAAUUUACCCAGUUUUUUUAUUAUAUGUUUAUUUCUUCUCACUGUAUUCAGGAGUAUAA